CCAUCGCAAGCGUAACUGCGCACUCACCUACAUGUUUCUCGAUAUUGCUUAACCAUCACUAACCGGAAUUUCCUUUCCUCUGGAGUAACCGCUCCUGAGUCUGUGCAACCGCCACCAUGGCUUUCAACAGCUGGGACAAGCUCGCCAAGGCUCAGCGUGACUACUCGAAACCAAAAUUUGCGGUCGCGGUAGUAGAUAAAGCGCUCAAGAAGAAUCCAAAAAAUCCCUUCCUUUCCGCGUGGAAAGCGGAUCUUUCGCUUCGAACGAACCUUAGCCCGAAGGGUAUCUUAAUCGGCUUGCAAACCACCUGCCAGCUGCCAGGCUUGACAGAUACUCGAUUGCUCUCCUACUUGUACAGACUUUGCGUGGAGGCAUCGCGAGGAGCUCUUGGAACCCAGGCCAACUCUCUCGGUACAGAGUUUCUCAAACCCUGGCAGAACGCUGCAAAAGCCUUAGAUCGCAAGAACGACAGACUGGAUUUAUGGGGCACGCUAUUCAACGUAGCAAUGCGCGAGAACUGCUGGGAGGACGCUCGCUUUGCAGUCGUUAAUUAUAAUAAAGAAGGGCCACCUUCCAAGAAGAUCGCUCACUAUACGCACAUCCUCGCCGUUCAACUUGCCGCUGAGCAGAAGAAUGACCCGUCGAAUCCUAAUGCGCAGAUGUCUCAAAUACAAUAUGGCGUAGCACGUAAGCUGAUGAAGCAAGCAUUCGAAGCGUCUUCAGAUGAUCCCAUAGCAGUCAAAGAUAUACGAGAUCUACGAUUCAUGGCCGACAUCUUCAGGUGGCAAGAUCGAUGUGCCGAACUCUUCGCUCUUUGGGACAAUCCACCCGCUAGGUUAAGGAGCCUCAUGAAGACACACCGAGACGACUUGAUUAGCCUUAAAACACGGUUUCUCUUGCAACAAGAAGACUGGCUGCUUCUCGAGAGCCAUUGUUACAAUAGCAUCGAAGAAGUCAUAUCACAGUUGAACCUGGGCCAGGACUCCAAGUCCCUUUGGGAACUUUGUGCGUGGAGAUGGGAUCUAUGGGGUGCUUUGUUACAAGCAACUAAGGCCAUACGCCCGGGUCAAGAGGGAAUUGAUAAGAUAUCUGACAUGAUGGACCGCUGCUUCGCAGGAUUUGAGGCGAAAGACCGCCCUCUGCGUCUAACGUACAUGAAGUUGCGCCAAUUUAUUGGCACUCCAAUGCUCUCCGACUGCAAGGAGUACUGGGACAAUCAUUCGGAACUUUCUAGUUGUUUUGCAGACCUCCGUCCAUUUGUUGAACGACUGCGUGUCGAAGACCAGAAAGAUUUCAGUAUGUUCAUCACGAACCAAACGAAGGGUGUCAAAGCUCAACUAGGUCUCGCCGAGGAUACAUUCGAGCGAUGGCAACAAGCCGAGCAGAACGUCCUGAAGUUCGACUAUUUGCUGACAAUAUCGUUGCCCACGAUGCCUUCUUAUGACGCUCUGGAGAAGUUCAUCACCAAGGCAAUUGGAUUUUGUGUAGCAUGCCCCACAAGUCCGGACGGUGGCUUUUUGGUCAUCUAUGCUCUCUUACGCCUACACCACCAAAUUAUGUGCGGAGAGGAGGGAAAGGCCCCUUUCGAAAUCACACAAAAUUCACGUGUUCUCCUACAGGCUGCGAUGCUUGCGCGUCACUUAGUCGCUCAAGAUAAGAACAAGCAGAACAGAACACUGUCUCUACUUGCUGCUCGUUUACAUCUAAACCUAGGCCUCGGAAAAUGUGCGUUUCAACUGUACAGUUACACGAAAUGUAAGGAGAUGCUCUUGGACACAUUAUCGCCGUACAUUCUCUCCCGAAUCUCUUCAACACAUCCAUUCGAUAUCUCGGGCUAUCAAAGCUUUUCGGCAGAUGAAGAACUUGCGAAAGUCAUUAGUACAAUUGAGAGAAUGGAGCAAAAGACGGACGGAUACCUUUAUACUGACAUGCAAUCCUUUGCCUGGGACCGGGCGGUAGACGUGGUGAAUCUCAAGCGAAAGCUAAAAUCAAGCUUGACGAAACAAAUUUGCAUAACAGAACGCCGUCGCAUAUCACGAUUAAGGGGAGAGUCAACCGAUAGUCUGCCAACCCUACACAUCGAUGCGUACAAUGGCACGUCAGACAAUGUCGAUAGGUCGGUCUUGCCGAACUUUGAUGGCACCGAUUCUGUUGGCCCACUUCCAGUUGUAAUGCCCGCCGGAAUUCCCGACGAGAUUUGGCUAGCUGAGAGUUAUGGCACAUGGGAUUGUGCGAGCAGGUUUUUCUACCAAGAGGGACCGUAUCUGAACCCUAACUACUGGAACCCAAAAUCUGCACGCGACACGGAUGAGGUGGACCCGAAUUGGGCGAGCAGGACACGAGCGGACUCACUCGUCCUAAGCCUGUGGGUCAAUAUCGACUUUUACACCCUCCAGGCACUAUAUGUGGUCGAGAAGGAGGGGAUAUACGACACACGUUGCCAGGAGUUCAUAGGUAAUGUCCAUUCGAUAAGAAAGGCCAUGGAGAAGCUGCGCAUGCCUGGGGCCACAACGCUGAAGCCCGAAGACGAGCCAGUAAUGUUUCACGAGAACAUGCUCAUAUCCUGCUACACGAAGCUAGAAGCUCUUCGGGCGCUCAACAAGCUCAUCGAGCACCUGCGCGAAAAGAUUCUGAACGCCAAGAGCACCCAUCAAAUGAAAAGGAGUUUGCCGAAGGACUGGGUCAACAACUUGGCCAGCGAGAUGCAGAUAUGCUACGAGGCGAUACGCGACAUAGCGCAAAGCUAUAUCAACCUAAUCAGGAAGAAGGGAGAGGCUGCAAUCAAAGCACAAAUAAGGUGGGGCAAGAUAGGCAACCUCCUGGGGGCUUUGCUUAAUGAUGGGGAUGUGCAUUACUAUGCGAGCGAGUAUAUCGAGAGUGCACUGGAGGCUUGGAAUGGUGUGCUAAAGGUUAAGCUUAAGUAGCAGGAUUAGAUAAAGGAUACGCGCUAUACACAUAGGGUGAAAGGCCAGUAGGUAGUGCAUGGCAAGAUUGUUAAGCGCUUCUCAAAGGACGGUUUCACCGUGACUUGUGCGUUCAAGUUGCAAGGAAGAGGUUCAAGCUCGCUAGACUAUCAGUCAAUCGUAGAGACUGUGUUGCAAUACGAACCACUGUUGCUGAACCAAUUAUACCCAACAUAAAUCGAAGGACGAAAGCCUAUCAGACCAGACC